AUGAUUGAAAACAACCGGCCUGUUGAAGAGAUAACAGAAGCGCUAGAACUAGUAGAAAUAGACUAUAAAACUGUCGUAGAAAAGCACGAGGCUUUAGUAGAAAAGGUCGAUGACGAAGAAUUUGCUAAGGAAGAAAAAUGGAUCGAAGAUUGCCGUGAGAAAACAUUAAUUUUGAAAUUCAGAGCGAAAGAUUAUAUUUUGAAAUCAAAACAGGAACAGGUCACCCAAGACACAUGCGCAGAAUAUGAUAUAGCUAAGUAAACACAGGAAACCCAAGAAAAUAACGGAAAAAAUACCAACACAGCUAUUAUAGAGAAUCAAAUACCAGAACAAAACACAGAUAGCAAUUCUCAAGAUGUAGAAAUUACCGAAGAAACAGAACAAACAGUUCAGGAACUGACACCCCAACCGGCAGUGCAGCAAAUGGAUAAUAAUGCAGAGAGUCCAACCAGUAACAAGGAAAUUUUAAAACUCCUUUUCGACAAGUAGUUUCGUAUUACAUUACGAUUUAAUUUUUCUAAUGUAAAUAUCGCGGCAACAAAUAUCGCGGCAACAAUAUGAGCACAACAAGUGGGUGGAGUUGUUCGCACAAAUGAAUGAGUUAAACGGUGUCACGAUUGAAAGAUGUCUGACUCCUCCCAACGCAUUUGGAAACCCAGUUCUGUGUGUAUUCUAGUAUGCAUCUAUCGAAGCAUUUGGAACUUGUGCUUACAGUAGAUGGCCCCUCGGGGACGGCACGUUUGGUGUUACGUUUAUCGCAGCGAAAUCAAGAGUAGCACCUUUGAAACAGCUUACAAUUCCACGACUGGAGUUGCAGGCAGCAGUAUUGGCUACACGUCUAGGGAAAACGAUCGCAGAAGAAUCCAGAUUCCAAUUUGAAAAAGUCGUAUAUUUUCUGGAUAGCAUGAUUGUGUUGGCAUUGAUUCGCUCGCAAGCUAGAUAAUUCAAAACAUUCGUGUCGACCAGAAUAGGAGAAAUUCAAAGCAAUUCUGAUACACUCCAAUGGAAGCAUAUCCCCGGAGAAGUGAAUGUAGCAGAUGCCGUAUCUAGAGGCAUAUCAGUGCAAGAUUUAACUCAAAGAUGGAAAUCCGGACCCGAUUUUCUUAGCCACCCAGAAGAACAAUGGCCUGAAGCCAUUUCAGCUGCAGUAGAAGAAAAAGAAGUAAACACGGAACGUCGUAAAACACCAGUUGUUUGCACCGUAAGCACGACGAAAGAAGCGAUAUGUUGUACGAACAUUUCAAGUUGGCGAAAACUAGUAGAAGUAACUGUUCGAAUACAGAAACUCGGAGCAAAAGUACGAAGCAAGCGAGAAGGAAGUAACGCAACCAUCGAAACAGAAAAUCACGGAACUCUCACCCCAAAUGACCUGUACAAACCCGAAGUGUAUUGGAUCAAACAAGCGCAGAAAGGUAUUCACAGCAGAAUAAAGAAUGGCGAAUUGAAGCAGUUUAGCCCUUUCGUAGAUGAUGAAGGAAUUAUCAGAGUCGGAGGUCGUUUGAGCAAAGCAAUGGUGACGUACGACUGCAAACAUCCCGCAAUGCUGCCAUACAAACAUUGGGUAUCCCUGUUGAUAACGCGUCACAUACAUCAACGAGGACAUUCUGGUAUCGCUUCAACCACUGCCAAAAUUCGAAGAAAGUUUUGGAUUCUACGAGCGCAUAAUCUGGCUAAGAAAGUGAAACACGAAUGCGUAUUCUGCAAAAGAACGGAACACAAGUUAGAAACUCAACUGAUAGCAGAUCUCCCGGAAAAACGAUUAGCACCCCAGAAGCCGCCGUUUUAUCAUACUUCUUGUGAUUACUUUGGCCCUUACGCAGUGAAACUCGGAAGAAACAAGACAGCAAAACACUACGGAGUGAUCUUUAAGUGUCUCAACACUAGAGCAAUUCAUUUAGAAUUGGCUGUCGACUAUUCCACGAUGAGUUACAUGCAAGUUCUCAGAAGAUUUUUUUCCAUCAGAGGAUGUCAAAAAUUUAUCCUCAGUGACAAUGGAACCCAGUUAGUUAGUGCUUCAAGAGAGUUACGAGAGAUGAUACAAGGUUGGGACAUCAAAACACUUCGUGAUUUCUGUGCUGAAAAUGGAAUGGUAUGGGGUCUCUGAAUCUUUGGUGAAGAGCAGUAAACACGCGUUAAAGAUUAAGCAAUCGGAGAGCAAAUACUAACACCAUUCGAGUUGUACACGUGCUUGUUAGAAAUUGCAAAUCUGGUUAAUCAGCGACCGAUUGGCCUCAUUCCAAACGACCCGGAUGACGGAUCGUAUUUGUGUCCAAACGACAUGUUGCUUGGUCGUUCCUCGUCCAACGUACCGCAAGGUCCAUUCAAAGCUACCAAGAACCCAAGAGAUCGUGUAGAAUUUGUGCAGAGAAUCGUAGAUUCGUUUUGGGUCAGAUGGACAACCGAUGUUUUUCCGUCACUUAUCCCAUGAAAGAAGUGGAGCGUAGAUCGUAGAAAUGUCCAAGUGAACGACGUGGUGAUGACAGUGGAUACAAAUGCUGUAAGAGAAAAAUGGACUAUCGGACGAAUCACAAAAGUACAUCCUGGAUCUGAUGGCAAAGUGCGAAACGUGACAUUGAAGACCCCUACUGGAGAAUACCGAAGAUCAGGACCUUUUUUUAAGGAUUUUCCCGUGGGGGGGGGGGCAUUUUUUGAAAAGUGACCUUUCUGUGAGAUAAUAUAUUACAGGGAGAUAGCAAUGUCUGAAGGCCACGUGUGCGCCGAACAUACCAUGCGCGCAUGAAUGAGGAGGGUGUACUCCCCCAGAAAAUUUUUGAAAUUUGAAGCACAGAAAUGCCAUUUCCUGCAUUCUGAGCAUCCAAAUGCGCUCCAAAAUGUAUACUAACUAUACUUGUAUUUGAAAUAAAAGAAGGAAAAAACCCACAAACAAAAAGUUUAAAAAAAUAUUAACCAUAAUUUAUCAUUACUUAUUAGAGGAGGAUCCCAAUGGUCACGUGUGUGGGGGUGUACUCCCCCAGAAAAUUUUUGAAAUUUGAAACACGGAAAUGCAAUUUCCUGCAUUCUGAGCAUCCAAAUUUGCUCUAAAAUUUAUGCUAACUAUAUUUGUAUUUGAAAUAAAAGAAGGAAAAAAUGCACAAAAAGUAAAAAAGAAUAUUAACCGUAAUUUAUCAUUAUACUUAUUAGAGGGGGAUACCAAUGGCCGAAGGCCACGUGUGUGGGGGCAUAAUCUCCAGAAAAUUUUUCAAAUUUGAAACCUGGAAAUGCUCUUUCCUGCAUUCUGAGCAACCAAAAAAUAAAAAAUUAUUAACAAUAAUUUAUCAUUACUUAGUGGUAGAAAAACGUAACAAUUUAAAUCGAUUUUGUUAAACAAGGACAAAGGAUAAAGCUUAAAACUAACUUUCCGUUUAUUUAUUUGUUAUUCUUCGCUGUUUUUUUGGUAUACAUUUAGGAAAAAGGGACUUUUCCUGGGGGGGACAAAAUGUGAUUUCGUGGGGGGGGGGCACAUGGGGGGAAUGGGGGGCAAAUGCCCCGCAGCUUGUAUGUUAAAAAAGGCCCUGCCGAAGAUCGCAGUGAUCUACCCUAACGAAGGAUAUGGCGGUGACGAUGUCGUCAUCGGCGGGGGAGAAUGUUGCGAACAGUGACGUAAUGUAUAUAUUUAUUUAUGUAAUAUAUUCAGAUUAGCCAUUCUUAAUUAUGCUAAGAUAUAUGUUAUAAGGUUUGUAAUAGCGACUUGAAAGUAUAUCGGACACGUUAGAUAUAUCGGACGAAUUAUUUGUUGUUGAAGAGGAUUGUUCAAAGACUCGCCAAGAAGUAAGUUACUGAGAAAGAACACGUAUGUACCAUUUCUACUUUACUUACAUUAGUUUUAUCUUUUUAUACUUUUAGAUCGAAUAA